AGCUCAGGCUGAGCGGAUUUGUAAGCUGCAGCUGAGAUACCACCACUUAAGGACACACCCUAGCCAAAAAGGACCCGAUGCUCUGACUUUGUGGUGAGAGAGACAAGUUAAGUGGCCUGUGGCACUCUCGCCACAAGCGCCCGAUGCCCUGGUCAGGCUGCCCCGCUGCAGCUACGACCUUUCUGGAUGCUGAGCGCUGUAGUUCGGUCCCUCCCCAGUGACAGCGGGUCACCUGGGCUCAGGCCGUGCUUGCAGCGAGCUACGCUCCUUAUUUCUCAGCAGCUGGCGGGAGGGUACGCCUGUUUCCGGAGGAUGCCAGGGCAGUGCCGACAGAGUCGGGCCGAGCCUUUCCGCAGCCGGCGGCCUGCCAGCAGCCGUUCUACCCCGCGUAAAAGUCACGGAGAGAAGCAGGGGCGGUGGGAGGCGCAGCUCGGCUCUGCCGAGGCCGAAGCUUGCUGGCGGGGAACGGGGAAGGCCGGCCCAGCCUCGAGCAGGGCCGCGGCUCCCCCGGGCGAACGCCGGGUCCAGGCCGCGGCCCUGCCCCGCCCCCAGCCGGUGGAGGGUCCCGGGGGAGGGCGGGGCCUCCUCAAGGGCACGCGCCUGCGCCCCGCCCUCCCGGGCACCCCCAUUGGUGGCGGGCAUGCUCGCGCGCGUGCGCUCUACCAGCGCGCGGCCGGCUUUAUAGAAGCGCGGCGGCGGCGGCGCCGGCUCCUACCGGUGGGGGCCCGCGGCAUGGCGGUGCUACCGUUACUGCCGGUGUUGCUGGUGCUGCCGGUGCUGCCGCUGCCGGUGCCGCCGCCGCCGCCGCCGCCGGUGCCGCCGCCGCUCCCGUCAGGGAACGCAUCCCUGUCCGGCUGCCCCCCGGGCCUGUUCCAGUGCAAGCCCGGCGACCCCUGCUUCCGCCUGGAGUGGCUCUGCGAUGGGCACCCCGACUGCGAGGACGAGAGGGACGAGCAGGACUGCGGGACGGACGCCCCGGCGGAGCCGAGCCCUGACGGCUUUUGGGUGACCCCGCCGCGGAGCUCGGCGGUGCUGCCCACCGGCAGCGCAGAGGCUUCAGCUACGCCUGUGCCUGGGGGCUCUGUGCCAUCGAGGAGUCAAGGCCGCACGUGGAUCUUGAUUAUUGCAGUGCUCCUGAGCAUCUUGGUAGCUGUGGGUUCUAUUCCUGUGUGGAGCCUGUCCAAAGCAAAAAGCAGAUCUGACAUCUUCAGUCUUGAAAAAGCAUCCAGGGAACAGCUGAUGCCUGACAAGAGCCAGACAGGCUCAUUUCCCUGAAUGAGGUCUUUACCAUGAGGUGAGAAGAUGGGACUAGCCUGGUCUCCCUACUGCUCACCACAGAGGCUGACUGAAUUGGACAUAAGCUCUCGAAUCUGGGUUAUUACACUGGAAUAACAAGAGGAUGCUCCCCUUGGAACUGGGUCUUAGAUUGUGGGACUACUUUGGCUCUGGAAAUAGCACAGGACCUACCCUGGUGCUGUGAAAUCACCCGUCACAAAGGUGGUAGAAAUUUCUUCAUUGUUCUUGCCUCCAGGUAUCGUUAAUGCUAAUUCUCACCAGUGUGGCCUUGGGCCCAAAGAUUUUAUUCUCCAUGAAAUGACAGAUGCUAGGUGCUAUUCAACUGUUUCCUUCCACUUCCAGCCAAGAGACUUUUUUCACUUGCCCCAUUCUUCCCCCUGGAUUUUGUCAGGGAAUAGGGGCUUUCUCAUCUGUUUCAGUAGGAGCUCACUGACUCCGCACAGAUCAGAUGUAUACUCCAUGUUUGCGCUAGUGUUUUGAUGCUGCUCAGCCUGAGGUACAGGAAGCUUUUACUGACAGGUCAACCACAGGGGUGAAAGUUAAAAAGCUUCCUGUCUGCUCUGGCUUUGCUGCACUGCUGCCUGGAGUCAGCAUGGGGCAAGCAGCUUCUCAGCACACUCCCUUCCAGCAAGGAUCUCCGCCCUUUGCAGAACUGCACUUUCCACCCCAGUGCUGAACCCCGGAUGUUGCUUCUCUUAAAACUGUUAAUGGUGUCUUCCUUAAAACUGUUUUGACAUGAGUGGUGUCCCUCAAGGGUCUGUACUGGGACCAGUGCUAUUUAAUAUCUUCAUCAGUGGCAUGUAUAGUGGGAUUGAGUGGACCCUCAGCAAGUCUGCAGGUGAGACCAACCUGAGUGGUGCAGUUGAUUCAUUUGGGGGAGGGGAUGCCAUCCAGAGGGACCUUCAGGCUGGAGGAGUGGGCCCGUGUGAACCCCAUGAAGUUCAACAAGGCCAAGUGCAAGGUCCUGCACCUGGGUCAGGGCAAUCCCUGGAGAAGAGAAGGCUCCAGUGAGACCUUAUUGUGUCUUUUCAAUAUACAAAGGAAGCUUGUAGGAAAGAUGGAGAGAGGCUUUCUACCAAGGCCUGUAGUGACAGGACAAGGGGCGACAGUUAUAAACUGAAAGAGGGUAGAUUUAGAUUGGACAUAGGGAAGAAAUGUUUUCCAAUGAGGGUGGUGAAACACUGGAACAGGUUGCCCAGAGAAGUUUUGGGUGCUCCAUCAUUGGAAGUGUUCAAGGUCAGGUUGGACGGGGCUGUGAGCAACCUGAUCUAGCAAAAGAUGUCUCUGCCCAUGGCAAGGGGGUUGGAAAUAGAUGAUCUUUAAAGGUCCCUUCCAACCCAAACAAUUCUGUGGUUCUACUGAGGUUUUGAGUGUUUGGCUUUUUUUUUUCUUUUUUUUUUUUUUUUCUCCCAGCUUGAAAUAACUCAUGUCUUGGAACAAACACUGUCUGUGCAUUGUGACGUGUGUAGCUUUUUCCGAAUGGCUGAGUGCUGUACGCUUUUCAGAAGAACUGGCAGCCCAGGGAGGAAAUCACUGACCAGUGCCUCUAGUUAGUGUUGACCACAUACUCCUUGCACAAGUGUUCACUAAGUGCAAAGAAGAUAGUAAGCUGCUGCCUAGGCUGCUGAUCUCUGUGCCUUAAAGGUGAGAACUUGGCUUGCCAAGCAGACACCGGUCAUCAGCCUUAGAGCAGGAGUCUUCCACUCCUGGACAGUGUGUGUGUGCCGCUAUACCCCACAGGAGAAACUUCUAUAUGUGCUAUGGAGUACUGAGUUAUUCCAAGAAGUUAUUUGCAAGGGUGCACACAACGUUGCUUCUGUUUCCACAGGGACAAGUGGAAACAGUUGUUGGUGAAUGACACAGGGGAAUAAAGAACUUGAAACUAA